CACACCCUGCCCAUGUGCUCAGCUGUAAUCAUCUUCCUGUGCAAUACACAGAAGAAAGCAGAUAGCACCAGACUUCCUGUAAGCUUAUAGCUACAUACUCACAACUGCAUAAAAUCAGCUAUUUACGUUGAAUCACUGAGUAAAUCAUAAAAAGUUUGAAGGACAAUAGAUUAUUUGAUGAGUAUGAAGGAUGAUGCAUUAGGUUACUAUUGUUUAUAAAAAAAACAUGUGCAUGAAAUGGUUUGUAUGCAUGAAUAGGAGAAAAAGUAAGCCCCUUCCUUUUAUCUUUCUGUGAGCUUCUAACUGGUUUGUCGGGUUCUGCCUCAUUCAAUGGGUGCAGCAACCAAAUGUUCCUGGCCAACCUGCAGAUAUUUGAAUGGUUCCAGGCCACCUUUGCAUGUCUGGAUUGCAACGACCACAACUAAACAACACUGAAAGCACAUGUUCAGAAAUUCUGGUCGGGUUUCUCAUGGAGGUGUUGCUGGUGGGUCCUGAGGCUAGAUGAGCUGAGAACCUCCGGCUUAAACAAAGGACAACCUGCGAACACUAGAUCAAACGUUUUAUAUUAUCGCACAGCAUUUUUUACUUCUCUUUUCAUUUCGUUUGUUCAUAGUUGAUAUUAUUGAUCUUAAUUCUUAUUCUUAGCCAUUAUCAUCAAUCUACGUGUCUAUGUGUGCUUUACUGUUUGUUUUAUACUGUUUGUUAUCUUAUAUCUGCUGUAACUGCUGUAAUUGUCUGCUGUUUUGAUGUCUGUUUUUACGAUGCUGCUGUUUCACAUGUGUUAGUUCAUAAAAGCUUAACCAGGGACAAGGACUGCUAAUUAGCCCUGGCUAGAAGUCCUGUAUACAUUGCAUCCGUCGCACUUUAAUAAGAAGUAACAAACAUGUAUUAUCCCUGGCAAAUAAAUUGAUAAAUGGAACUAAGGAUAGAGACAAUCAGAGCAACAACAACAACAGUGAAUAACAUUUAUAGCCACAAUGUCAGUAUGUAUUUUAAAGGCUUCUAGGGACAGGCAGUGCAAAGGAGCUCAGGCUAUAAAUGCUGUGUAGUCUGUGGCAAUGGUUUACUUGCUACAUACAUGUCCCUAUACAAAUAAACAUGAAGUAAAUAAAUAAUAUAAUGGUAAACGUAUGUGUAGUAGUAACAGCUAAAUAUGAAAACAGACUGUAAUGAUGAUGAAACUGUGAGGGCGGAUUAUGUUAAUAAAAAGUAAUCAACUUAAAUAUUGUAAAGAGUAACAGGGUUGACUGGAGAUAUAUUCUGAGUGUAAAUCGUUUUCUGUAAAGAAAGUGUCUUUUCAAUGAGUUGUUGUUGUCACGCCACACUAAACACAGGUGCCUGUGCAGGGAGGGGCUCGGCGACGGAUGAUGUGGUCAGCUUUGAAUAUCAUCACCGAGAGUUCGAGAAACACCUGACACUCAGUCAGAGCUACAGGCUGAUAUAAAUCUGCUUUAGUUUAUCCCAAUGGAGAUCAUCGCUGCAUGACCUUUACUUUCUUUGGCCUUAUCAACUCUGAAGAAAAAAGAUUUGUUUUUUUUUCCAUCUGAAUAAAAUUGAACCACCUCUCCCAAGAUGGAUAAGUUUCGUAUGAUGUUCCAGUUCCUCCAGUCCAACCAGGAGUCUUUUAUGAAUGGGAUCUGCGGUAUCAUGGCACUAGCUAGUGCACAGAUGUACACUUCCUUUGAGUUCAACUGCCCCUGUAUGCCUGAAUACAACUACACUUAUGGGAUCGGACUGCUCACCAUUCCACCUAUCUGGUUCUUCAUGCUGGGUUUUGUAAUGAACAAUAACGUGUCAGUGCUCGCAGAGGAGUGGAAAAGACCCACAGGGAAACGAAGGAAGGACCCAACAAUCCUACGCUACAUGUUCUGUUCAAUCACACAGAGAUCCUUGAUAGCACCUGCAGUAUGGGUGUCAGUCACCCUCAUGGAUGGGAAGAGCUUCCUUUGUGCUUUCAGCAUCAACCUGGACCUUGAAAAGAUUACAGGGAAUUACAGUCUGUUUAGGGGGAUGUCAGAAGCAGAGAGGGUGAGACUGCUGGCACGGAUUCCAUGCAAAGACCUGUUUGACCAACACGAAAUAAGAGUGGCAGCAUCCCGAUACAUCAAGUGUUUCUCCCAGGCGUGUGGAUGGAUGUUUCUGCUCAUGAUGACCUUGACAGCCUUCCUGAUACGAGCUAUUCGACCAUGUUUCACUCAAGCCGCCUUCCUGAAGACAAAGUACUGGUCUCAUUACAUUGACAUUGAGCGCAAGAUGUUCGACGAUACCUGCAAAGAGCAUGCAAAGAGUUUUGCCAAGGUUUGCAUCCAGCAGUACUUUGAGGGCAUCAGUGGGGAGAUUCGUAGCUUCCACGGUCAUCGCUCAAGCAAGUAUGACAGUGACGAUGAAGACGAGGAUAAGAGGAAGGGUGAUGAAGAAAAGCUCCUGGGUAUCAGGGCUCAGGAUGACAUGAAUAAAGUUUUAUGGAACUGGCACGCCUGUAAACCAGCUCUGGCUCUGAGAAAGGACGAAAUAGAUGGUGAAAACAAUGGCAAACUGAAUGGAGUGGCCAAUGGCGCAGCAAAUGGAUUUGUAAAGGGACACACCCCUGAGGUGGAGAAAAGGGAAUGGGCAGUGUAUUACAGUAAGGUCUGAAGAGCUCAAUGGACAAAGAAACGCUCUUCUUUCACUCUCAGGACUCUCAGGAAUCAUUUAAACCCACUUUACAUUAAGACAUUUGUAAUAAGUUCAAAAUAUAAUGUUGUCAUUAAGUUGAAUUGUGAUUAAAUGUAAAUUAAUGUCAGCAGUUUGACAUAUGAUACAAUACCCACACCUUGUACACUCAAAAUGCCAUAAUCUUUCUGGUUUAAAUACAGUUAGGUGAAAUUAGAAAAUGACAGGAAAAAUGUGUUGUUUCACUGAGAAACAAAAACAUUUUUAAAAAAGCAUAAAAAAAACAAGACCAUUACAACAUAAGUCUUGGCAAAACAAAUCUAAAGCGUUUAUAUUCUAGGGUUACAAAAGUAGAGCAACAGUGUCACCCUGUACUCGAUUGUGUUUGUGUUGAUCUCGACUGUUUGACCACCUAUCAUUUUCCAAAUCAAAAGACAGAAAGCUUCCACAUGAGUCAUUUAGAUAAAGAGGAUAGCUCUAUGCAGUCCAAGCCCCUGCUGCUUAAAGCUUUAAAUUUGAAUGUGUAUCUUUGGAUAAAAGAGACUACGCUUUAGAAAUGCUAAUUUUACUCAAAAAGCCACACUAAACACUCCUGCUUUUAGUUAAUGCACCUGUUUGUUUUGCUGCUACAGCCCUAUUUUAGAUAAUGUCAACAAGUUAUUGGUGUGUAAGUGACAUUGCAGAGGGAGCUUUCUGACUUUGUGACUCCUCUAUCAUGAUGUUAAAUCACAUUUUAGGUCACAGUGGUAUCCUAACUUAACCAUAAAUGACAUUUAAAUGAACAGCAUGGUGGACUGCAUUCAAGUAGUUCAUUUUUAUUAGACCAAGAAACAAGAGUGUAUCUGUAUUAUAAGAAUCAAGUUAAUGCCUUUGCUUUUGAAACAUGCAAACAGGAUAUCAUUUCAGAUUAUUAUGCUUUGCAAAAACAUGUCUGGCCUUAAAACUUUGACGUUAGCAGACAACCCUAAAAUGCUACUGAAGUUCCAAUCAGCCAAACUUAUGAUUUGAAGAAAGUAAGGUUGUACCUUCAAAACAAUUUACAUGUCACUCAGUAAACAAUGUCAACAUU